CAGAAUAAAUCAUCCGGAUCUUUCUCUGCCUUGGAUUUCAUCUGAAUCGCUUCUCUCUAUCAGAUACUUUUCGUGCUAUAUUUGAUCGCAAACGUUCUUCGUGCAUCCUUGGAAGGAUUGAUACUUAGUCUCCGCUCCGUCCUUGAUUACGUCAUAUAUUAUCCCUCUAUACAACACCGGGUCUCCGUCGCCUUACUUCUCCCCAGUCAAACCAACAUCCAGUCAAAAUGGUCCACCCUUCCUCCACCUGCUGCAAGACCUCUGGUGAUGGCAGCUGUGUCUGCGCUGCCCAGGCCAAGUGCUCCUGCGGCAAGCAGAACGCCCUCCACUGCACGUGCAACAAGGCUUCGACCGAGAACACCGUGAGCGGCGCCCGAUGCUCUUGCAGAGCUCGUCCUGCCGGAGAAUGUACCUGUGAACGUUCGGCAACUGAGAACCACCCGGUGACGGGAGCAGCCUGCCCAUGUGGCAAGAGGUCUUCCACUUCUUGCACCUGUGAGAAGGCCAGCGCUAUUGACGCUGCUGUUGGUCUUGAGACUGACUUCACCACUCGGGCUUAAAAUCCACUCCUGCACCUUUGUGUGGAAAUUGAUGAUCAAAUUGUUCUUGGCCGUUACUGAAUUGCAUGUUCCAUGGGGUGAUCGGUGUUCAUUACGGAGUUUUCGGGAGGCUGAGAUUGACCGGCUUCAUGGUUGCGUGGGUGUUUGAUUCUGGGUUAUUUUGCAUUGCCAUGGGCUAUUCUCAAGGGGAAGCGAGAGAUUACGCAGUAUUAGUGCCGAAGAGUCGAAUUGUAUCUUAGAAUUAUACCUAAUGCGACGACUGUUUCGUCCUCCGUAGCAUGGCGAUUGAUCUCAUCGACAUGCAAGAGGAACAAGUCUGAUUAAAGCCAAGAACGGAAGUGAAAAUGGCAGGGAGGAAGGAAUUCAUCAGUCUGCGGAGUGAUGUCUUUGCUGCAGUACCCCCACCCGAUCGCAGUGCCUUGAAUCCGAUAAGGUUCCUAUAGAUCAGGAACCAUCCCCCUGAGUUCAAAUACAACUCGGGCGUGAUGGGCGUUUGAAGUUAACGUCACAGUCGUAGUAGUAAAGAUAGGAAAUUAAUCAAUUAACAAGUAUAGAAAUCUGGAAGAAACAAUACUUUG